AUGAUAAUGAAAAAUGCGAUUAAAAACCUGGCCACGUGUUUAUCCUGCGUCCUGAGUCUGCUUCGAUACGUGCACUAUGCAUACCGGAUUGACAACAUAACAAUUAAAAAAACACAAUUUAGUGACGCCUUGGAAAGGACAGUACACAAAAUUAAUAAACGCGUCCAAAAGGACAGGGCCGUAUACUAUGAUGUGUGCAAGUAUAAAAAAAUCCCCAAAAUUUUAACCGAGAGGAAUAAGCCCAAAAAUAACCAAAAAGUCAAGUACAUCGUAGGGAUCGAAAACACGUGUGAUGAUACCUGCAUCUGUGUCCUUGACUCAAAUUUGAACAUUGUUAAAAAUGUGAUCAUAUCCCAUUUUAAGGUGGUUCACAAGUAUGAGGGUGUGUAUCCCUUUUUCAUCAGCUCCAUCAACCAGCUGUUUUUGAAGCCCUACGUGGAGAAGGCUCUCGAGGGCAUUGACCAGAGCCGAAUUAGCUGCUUCGCCUUCAGCGCGUGCCCGGGAAUAGCCAAAAGUAUGGAGGCAGCCAAAAACUACAUAGGGGAGAGGAAGAAGCAGAACGAAAGCAUACGAGUGAGUCCGAUCAAUCACGUUUUUGCCCAUGUCCUUUCGCCCCUCUUUUUCCACGUCUACAAUGAUGAAAAUACAUACACGAAUAGUGGCCAGUACAAGGGAGGAAAAAGCGACCAAUCGAGAAAUGAACGUAGCAUCGACAUGCACAUCUCGGAGGAGGUCAGAAAGGAUAAGGCACAAAUGGAAAAAGUGAAGGACAUUCUGCAGAUUCUCAAUAGCAACGAUGUGACGAAGCGGAAGAUGGCGCUUUUGAGCGAAGAGGAAUUUUUAAACUGCGGCGAUUAUGUGCUGCGGGGGGAGAUGGGCAGCGAGGCGGUCAAGAAUAUGGACGGGGAGGCACCCCAGGAUGUGAACAAGGAGGCACCCCAAAAUGUAUCCUACAAACGGGAGAACACCUCCUCUGCGCAUAAACCGCAGUACAGUGGGGAGGCCCCCCAGGGAAGCCGCUUAACAGAUGGAUACCUCUGCGCGUUAGUGUCCGGAGGAAGCACACAAAUCUUCAAAGUGCAAAGGAACAAAAAAAACGAAAUCAAUUUGAGCAAAUUAGCCCAAACGGUCGAUAUUUCCAUUGGAGACAUAAUUGACAAAAUUGCCAGGCUGCUGGGUCUGCCCGUUGGGUUGGGGGGAGGUCCCUUCCUUGAGAGGAAGUCAGCAGAGUUCGUUCGAAGAAUGAAGGAGCAGCGGCUAAGUGGGGAGGCUUGCGCGGAUCCAUUUCAGCCCUUUCCCGUUCCCUUCUGCGCGAACAACCGAGUCGAUUUUUCCUUCUCAGGCCUGUACAACCACCUGCGCAAAAUCAUCGAGGAGUCAAAAAAGGGAGAGUCCUUCGAGCGGGAAAAAGACAGGUAUGCCUACUUCAGUCAGAAAAACAUUUUCAACCACCUCCUGACGCAGAUUAACAAAAUUAUGUAUUUCUCUGAGCUGCAUUUUAAUAUAAAAAAAAUAUGCCUAGUGGGGGGAGUCGGGUGCAACCAAUUUUUGAUUAGCAAGUUGAGAUGCAUGGCUAGGGGGAGAAAUCAAUUGCAAGUUCGGCUAAACGAAUUUAAAAGGUUAAGGAAAAGGCUAAAUAAGAGGUUAAAAAAAAUAAGUGAGAAAAAGUUUUUACAUUCGAAAGUUUCCAAGGAAGUGCUCAAAGGGGAAAUAGACUUCAGUGCAUCCCUGGCGUGGGAUGUUUACCUAAAGCUUCUUUUAAAGAGGAAAACAGAACGAGAUAUCUUGUCAGCUUUAGAGUGUUUUAAUUUUGAGGACUUUUCGAAACUGAAGGAGGGGGGGCACUUCCUUCUGGAGGGUCAUUCCGCUUCCCCCGAAAGUGAAGCGCCCUGGAGCGUGUACAAGACGCCGCCCAACCUCAGCAGAGACAACGCGGCCAUGAUUUGCUUUAGCGCCUUUUUGAAUUUGCACAACAAAAGCGACCUCCAUGAGGAUGCGUCUCAGGUUGAAAUUAAACCAACGGUGAAGACCCGGGUGGAAAAUAACUUCCUCCUCUUUUCCGACAUGAUCGUUUUUGAUGUGUUUCUGCGGAAGUUUGGCGCCCAGGGGGGGUGA